GGUAGUUAAGGUAACCUUAGAAAUAACCACAUACAACGUCAUUCUUUACCUCAGACUCUCAACUUCACCAUUAGUUACUUCUACAUUUUCACGUUUUCGUACUUCCACGCGUCAUCACAUAUGUCGAAUUCUAAGGUCCAAGGUAGUGCGACUUACAUGUAAUAACAUUUGAAAAUUUAAACAUCUCCCUUAGGUAACAUCUACAUAUCUCCCUGGCAGGUGCUUACCAUCUUAUGGCUCAAUCUUAAUAUCUUCGACCUUGGCCCCUUGGUCUCUUCCACUCUCCCAUCUUAUGUUCUCCCCGUAUCCUGUCUUGUAUGCUAUGUUCCCAAAGACGCAGUCGCAAUAAGUCAUCUCUAAUUCAACAAGUUAUCUAUCAAAUCCAUCGUUAACUUUCCAAUCCCCUAAGUUCACCAUUACAAGUCUCUUGCUUUUCAUCUUCCAAUCCAAAUCCUCCAAGCGAUCCAAUCCGUGUAAUCUUCUAGUCAUCGCCCUUCGUAACCAAGCACUAUCUAUCAUCCAUUCUAUAUUGCCCACAGCUCCUCCACAAUGACAGUCGACGACGUCUCCUCGAGCGCUAAGACCAGGGCCAACGAAUUGCUCGCCUAUGGCCAACGUCACGUCGACCGAGUCGUGAGCCCGCCUACACGACAGAAGGCCUACGACUGGAUUUACGACUUGUCAACCGAGAAGCCUAUUCUAUUUUCUUUCGUCGCCUUUCAAUUUACCCUCUGCCUCGCUCCUCUGCUCCUCUUUGCAGGCUUUGCCGCGACAACUAUCGCUGUCUCUUUGAUCUCCGCCGUCCUGUUCUCGCUCUUUUGGAUCGGUGUCGCCACGCUUUUUCUUGUGCCGACCCUUUGCCUCACCUUCACCAUCGCUCUACUACUAUGGGCAUGGGCGGCUGCCACCUUCUUCGCUGGCCGCUGGGCUUACAAUAGGCUACCGUUUAGCGUUGAUGGACAUGGCAGAAUAGUGGCACACGACAGCGGCGAGAAAAGGAUCAUCUAUGAUCGGAAGAACGAUACUGGCGCCGACUUGGACAUCAAGGCCGAGGUGGUCGAGGUCAAGGAAUAGAUUGCCGGCGAGGUUCUAUGGAUGGCGAUGGAGGUUGGCUGGUUUAUGAUACACCAGGGCACCGUGGCACUGUUGAAACUCAAUUUUUGGUUCUAGAAUUGCAUGGGCCGACUACACCUUGUGUCAACGACGAUUGAUAGAUCAUUUUUAUGUGCGUUUGCGUUGGCGUUUGGUUUUGGUACAGAUACCCGUGACAAUAUGCAAAGGAAACGGCUGGUGGCCGGUCGAGGAUCGUUGGGAUGGACCUGUUUCUAGCACACGUAAUCAUCGGUAUUAAAAUACGAU